AAUCGGCCGUUCAGUUUAGUUGUCACACUUGACCUGUGUGCACGUCUGUCGUCUCUUUGCUGUUGUUGUCGUCGUCGUGCAACUGUCGUCCGAUGUAAAUAUCCGUCGCCGCUCGAGUGGAUAAUUUUUUUGGUUUUUAUUCGUUUCCGUGUGCGACUUAUCGAAUGCGACGUGCGACAUUUUAAUAUACUCGUAUAUUUUUUUUUUUUCUUAUCGAUAUAAUUUUUUCAACCCCCCGCGGCCGUUACCAUUGACAACUCGGGUAGUUUUUUUUUUCACUCGUCUAAACAUAACCGUCUUCGGACACGCUAACCUUUGAGUCUAUGUUUAUGUCGUGAUGUCGUAAACGUAUUCCUCCGACUCCGUUUUGACGAACAGUGACACCUAGCGGAUUUCCGAGUACGCGUUUCGAAACUUAAGUGUUCCGCGCGCCCGGGAACAGAAAUUUAAAUCUUACAUCAAAAAUGAGAACAUUUGUGCUUUUUGCGACGACGCUUGUAUGCGUCGUUGCGUCCGUCGUGGGCUCCGCCGUCUUCCAGUCAGGCGCCUACGACAACGUAGUCGUAUCUAUCAAGGAUUCCGUUUCGGCGGAAAACUGCAAAACCAUCAUUAAUAACGUAGAGGCGGCGUUUACCGGUGGAUCGAAAUCCCUGCACGAAGCGCUCGGAGGCAAGGCUUAUUUUCGGUCGGUGACUGUGAUGCUGCCGCUCAACUGGCCGGACCACUGUGUUGGUCACCUCCGCGUCAUCACCAGCAGCCAAGGAGAAACGCCAGACGUACACAUUGGACUUCCGCAUCCCGUCCACGGGGACGCGCUGUGGACGCAACAGUCGCAAGGCUGCGGUCGUCCCGGUGACGCUAUUUUCGCCAGCUACCGGCUAUUCCAAGAACCGCGGGACCUGAGCAAAGAGCUGACCAAACAGUGGUCCAAGUAUCGGUACGGAGUUUUCGAUGAAAUUGGUUACGUCGGUGACGCGGUCUACCCAUCGUGUUAUGCGUCCGAAACGUCUCGCAGCGACGUCAAUGGAUGUUCCGACAAACCCAUUUCCCAGACCAGAAUAUGCGAUUCCAUAAACACGACCAGCCUGGUCCAUCUAGAAGCCAAAACAUCACUUAUGUUUUCCACGGCCUCCCAAGUGACAAAGUUCUGCGAUGCUUCUAGCCACGACCGUUAUGCGCCGACCAAACAAAACGCGCUAUGCGGACGUCGAAGUAUCAUGGAAGUCAUAAACGUUCAUCCGGACUUCACCAAAGGAGUUAACCUGUUUGCGAAUCAAAACCUGACACCUACGUUCAUUUUCAAAAAAGAAAUGCUCACCAGAUACGUUGUGGUCAUCGAGGACACAAAAGAUAUGAUGGAAAGGGAGUCUUGGAGUUUCUUGCGGUUGGCUAUUCGUAAAUGGGCUGUGCAUGAUUUGCCUGCCAACACGGAGGUUGGAUUAGUUUCGACCAAUGACUCAUCGGCCAAUCGUUUGCACGAUUUAAGCAGGUUGCAUACAUCGGAUGCAAGAGAUCAAGUGGCUUCGAACAUCCCUUAUUCUACGGGCGAUUCGAGACUGCCAGCGUGUUUGGCUUGCGCGCUCAAAGAAGCUAUACAGAUGUUAGAAACUCGCGCUAGUCUCCUUGGACCAGCCAGUUCGGUCAUUGUAGUAAUUGCUCCAGGAACGUCGGCGUACACGCCAGAUUUAGUCAAACAAGUGGGCGAAGCUAAAGGAAAGAAUAUACGCAUUGCGACCGUUACCUAUCCGAUGCUGAAGAGAAGCAAGUCUCUAGACUGGAUGGCUGACAAGACUGGUGGCAUAUCGUUUACAGUCACCGAAAACCGGUACAACAUGGCUCUGUCGUAUCUGUCCACUUAUUUCAAACUGACCAACGUCAUGCGCAACAUAAUGGAAACAUAUUACCAAGGAAACAAAGGCGAUUUGCCCAUAGAGAUUCAUAGGCGUGAACUGACGGACGAUGGUCGGACAGUGGUAACCGGCAGCUUUGUCUUAGAAGACAACAUGGGUGAACCGGCAAAAUUCACGGUUUACACGCACAACACUGAAAAUCCCCUAAUCAAGGCCAUCACCUUGACCAGCCCAUCACAGCGAGUCUACUCGACUCGAUCUGAUUCAUUAUUAUCACUCAAAAUGCUCAGCGUGCCAGCAGUUAUAAAUGAGACUGGAACGUGGACAUACCACAUCGAACGAUUCCAAGGAAGUCCGCAACCGCAUUAUGUGCAAGUAAUGGCAAAACCGUUAUGGAAAAACUUGCCGGUGGUCAAUGCUAGAGCUUGGACAAGUGGCACAACCAAUCCACUGGCCAUUUACGCCGAAGUCAAACGUGGAAACUUUCCUGUACUCGGUGCCAAAGUCGAAGUGUUUGUCACUCGGCCGGGCUUAAAUGGUUCGAAUUCACAUCGCGAAAAAUUCGAUCUCUUGGACACUGGAAGUGGUGAUCCGGAUCUCAUGAAAGGUGAUGGAAUUUAUUCUCGAUAUUUCAACCCAAUGAUCGGUGGACCAGGAAUUUACACUUUCGAGAUUACUGUUUCGGAUAGCAGCAGCAACGCAUACACUUGGCAAAACAGUUUACCCAGGAAUAUCGAAAAAAAUCCCAUCAAUAUUGAAUCGCAUUGUUGUGGAUCGUUCAUGACGUCGCCGUCUGUGGAACAGUUAAAUCCGUUUCAACGGAUCAUCGCUCCACUAUCUGUCACCUACACUUCGGAGGACCUGUCGUCAUCGAUAAACGUUGGCCGAGUAGGCGAUUUACGAGCUGAUAUAAUAAAACCUGACCUGAAAGCCAGGCUCACGUGGACAUCUCCAGAUAUGGGUGGAAAUUCUGUAGCCCGAUACGAAAUCCGUUACUCACAGUCACUUCGGUCGUUACUCAAUGAUUUCGAUUCGGCUCCAGUGUGGACACACGGUUCUCCGCUACCGUUAGCGCCGGGUUCCGAGACGGCUUUCUCCAUGGACAUGAACAAAAUGCCUGAGCUUUUAGACCAGUCGCUGUUCGUAGCCGUUAAAGGAUACGAUCGGGUUGAGUCGGGUUCUGUACCCGGACCAAUAUCAAAUUGGGUUAGAGUGUUUGUACCGUCGCCACCACCUCCUCCGUCGCUGACCACUCACUCAUCGGUUUCGUCUGCCGACCCGUCGUGGACAGCUGCCGAUCAAAACAUAAUACCCAGUAUUACUCGGGAUAUCGGGAUGAACUAUGACCUAGUUGUACCGAUCGCAGGCGUUCUGAUGCUCCUGAGUCUGUUGUUGCUGAUGUACUGUGUUUUUUGCGUAAUGAAACGCAGUCGGAAGCCUGAGAAACAAUCUCCCAAACAGGAAAAACCGCUCAACGUGUCCGUUAUACCUAAUGGCAAUGGAGGCGCUUUGAACAUAUCAUCUCCCAUAAAUGCAAUCAAGACUGAAUUGGAAUCGCAUUUCGAACCUUGCCUAAUCGAUACGUCCGAUUCGAAGAAACGGUACAGCGUGGCGCAGUACGGGCCGGCGCUGACCAACGAGCUAAUCUACAACCACCAGCAGCAACAGCAGCAGCAGCAGCAGCAGCAGCACCAGCAGCAGCAUCAGCACCAACAGCAACAACAGCCGCAUCCAUACCAUCACCAGAGUAACGGUCAUCUGAGCGUCAUCAGUGGCGCAACAUUGACCCGAGCACCGAAACCAUUGAGUCCGUACCAGUCGUGGACCGCAUCGCAACUAUUGCACGAACACGAGCGCAGAACUAGUCCCUACGGUCAGAUCGGCGACUUCGACACGCAAUAUCCACCACCAGUGCCUCCUCUUCCGGCGUACCAGCAACAACAACUCCAACAACAACAGCAACAGCAGCAGCAGCAAGGAAACACGGAAAACAUUUACGGAACGGCCCCUGGGCAUUAUCAGCCACAACAAAACGGACUUCCGCCUCCUGGCCAGUACAACAACUAUCACCGGAAUAACAUGAUUCUAUUCAACCAGAGCCUGCAGGGUUCAUUGAGCUCGGUCAGCAGUGGUGACAAGAAAAAACGAAACAUAACCAUGGUAUAACGAGAGAAGAGAACGAAGAAAACUAUGACGAUGACGCGUCAAAGUAUUAAGACUGACUACUUAUUUCUGCGACUUCGGUCCUUCUCCGACGGCAGCCACGUGUUUGUACGGCACUGGUUAGGCGUGAUUAACUUGAUUUUUUAAUAAAAUAUAUAUAUUUUGGUUUCUAGUCAAUUCACUAACGUCGUAGACUAUAAACCACAACACGUACAACCAAGUUAUAUUUUGUUUUUUGUUAUGAUCUCACUUGUUUCUUGUAAAAUACUUUUGUAACUAUAUUUAAAUAAUUCCUCUAUAUAAAAUAAUAUUAAUUAUUAUUAUUGUUACUACUACUACUACAACUACUAGUAAUACAAUUGUUUUGACCCUUUUUGUGGGCCAUAUAUAUUUAUCAUUAUGUAACUGCCUUAAAACCCUAAAUAGAUAUUAUACGGACGUAAAUCAUUUAUCAUUAUUAUUAUGAAUAUUAUUAUUAUUACAUUAGUAAGUCGAGUGUUAUGCACUGUUUUGUGCCUUUUUUUUUAUUAUUAUUAUUAUGAAAAACGUACAUUGUAUACACAACUGAAAAUAUUUUAGUAUGUAUAGCUUAUGACGAGCUUUCGGUUAUACUUAAGACAACAGUAUAUAUUUUUUUUUGUGUCUAUAAAAUUCUAUAUUUUUGUACCUAGAUUUAAGUUUGUUGUAAACUACUUAGCAAGUAAAUAAUUAUGUACAUAUUGAUGAAUAUAAACCAUUUAUUGUAUUGAA